AUGAUAAAUGAAAAUUGGAAAAAAACUCAAGAAAUAAAGAGCCGUAAAGGAUCUAAUAAACAUAAACAUGCUCGGAUACAUGGAGCUUUGGAUAAUAAGACUGGAAAUCAAAAACAUAGCUUAUUGUUUGGGACAUGGAACGUACGUAUUCUUUUCAAACCUGGAGCGGCCCAAAACAUUGUUAAAAAAAUCAAGAAAUACAAGUUAAAAAUAGUGGCUCUACAAGAAAUUAGAUGGGAUGAUACUGGAACGAUAGAUAUACAAGAAACAACAAUACUUUAUGGUAAAUCUAAUGAUCAACGCCAGGUUGGAACUGGUUUUGCGUUACACAAAAGCUUAAUACCAAAUAUAAGAGAAUUCGAAGAUAUCAAUCCAAGAAUCUCAUUGUUGACAAUGAAAGCGCAUUUCUUCGACAUAACUUUCAUAAAUGUGCAUGCGCCUUCCGAAGACAAGCCGCAAGAAGAGAAGGAUGAUUUUUAUGUGUGCUUGGACUUAACAUUAAAUGCAUUACCUCACUUCCACGAAACUACAAAUGAUAAUGGAUUAAGACUUAUCGAUUUUGUGAUUGGAAAUGAUCUUGCAGCGAAAAGUACAAUGAUUCCACAUAAAAAUAUUUAUAAGGGAACAUGGAUGUCACCUGAUGGAAGGUAUGUUAUUCAAAUCGACCAUAUCCUAGUAAGCGCAAGAUUCAAAAACUGUAUUCAAGACAUAAGAACGAUGAGAAAAGCCGAUGGUGAUUCGGAUCACUAUCUGGUUAAAAGAAAAAUUAAAGUCAAAAUAAAAAAGGUUACUCGGAAAAAAGGAACAGUGGUAGACAAAUAUGACACAGCUAAACUAAACAAUGUGAAUACACGUAAAAGAUUCAAGUAUCUGAUGUCGGAAAAAAUCAGAAGGAUAGAUACAGGUAUAAAUAACUCAAAUGAUGCAAAAUGGAAGAAAAUUAAAGUUACUAUAAAGGUAGUGAUAGAGUCAGAAAUCGGAAAAUUAAAAAACUGUAAGAAAACCAUGGUUCAACGAUAUGUGUGA